AAAGACAAAUAAUAUUCUUUAGUUAAAAGUCUUAUCCUUACUUUGCCUCUUUCUUUUCUCUUAACCUCCUCCUUCCCUCCGUAAAAAAAAGUCAGUAGCCUUCUCUUUCCUCUUUACUUUACCACUUUGAUUGAUCAAUCAUUCAUUGGUAGCAGCUCCCUUCUUGUACCUCUGCAAAUUUUCCUGAAUCAGUUUCCUUUUUGAAGCAAACAAAACCCAAAAUUGGUUACAUUUUAAAGGGAAAUUCAGUAUCUUUCCUGGGAGGAUACUUGUCACUGAUUCCAACAGUCAGAACACAAAAUAUCAGUCUUGUUUCCCCAGAAAGAAGCAGCUUUUUUCUGUCUUAUUCUGAAAUCAGAAUCUAGUGGGUUUACUUGAGAAUUCCCAUAAGACAUUUUCUUGAAACCUCCACUCAACUUUUGAGAUGGAGAAUCAAAGCAUAAAGUAUGUAGCUUUGGGUCAGAGCGAUCCCUUUGGCAAUAAUGUCAACGAAGGAACCAUUGGCGAUCUCCUCGUCGGCAGAUUCUGUAACCCUCAAGAGACCAUCUCACCAUAUCCCGCCGGGAACCUCCGAUUCCCUCCUUAUCCGGGUCAAUUCGGGUCGCAAGACAGCAACAAGAGCUCGCUGUUGGAUCCAGAUUUAGAUCGAGUUCAGACAGCCAAGCCAAACUCCAGGAAGAGAAAGUUGAUCCCUUCUGCUUCUGCUUCUGGAGGUAAUGGCAAGGAGUCUCCAGCUUCUUCCUCUCUUACAGCUUCCAAUUCUAAGGUGUCAGGAGAGAUUGUUGGAUCCAAGAGAAGCAAGCAGGAUGAAGCUGGAAGCAGUAAGAAGGAUGAUGGUAACAAGGAUGAUGCAAAGCCUCCUGAGCCGCCCAAAGAUUACAUUCAUGUUCGAGCUCGAAGGGGUCAGGCAACUGAUAGCCACAGCCUCGCUGAAAGAGCAAGAAGAGAGAAGAUCAGCGAGAGGAUGACUUUGCUUCAGGAUCUGGUUCCUGGUUGCAACCGGAUAACUGGGAAAGCCGUUAUGCUUGAUGAAAUCAUUAACUACGUGCAGUCCUUGCAGAGACAAGUCGAGUUCUUGUCUAUGAAGCUGGCUACUAUAAAUCCAAGGUUGGAGUUUAACCCUAGUGCUGCUUUAUCCACAGAGAUGGUUCAACCGGGAGAGGCACUAACGCAGUCUCUAUACUCAAUGGCUUGCUCAGAGCAAAGACUUCCAUCAGCAUACUAUUCUCUUGCCAAGAACAUGCCUAGAUUCUCAGACACUCAAUUCCCCUCCAGCGAUGCAUUUGUUCAAGCUGAGACACAGGGAUUCUGGGAAAAUGAUCUUCAAAGCAUUGUUCAGAUGGGUUUUGGAGAUGUUCAGCAACAGAGCAACAACAACAGCUGUUCUGAGCCAACACUACAGAUGAAGCUUGAGCCAUAAUUAAGAAGGUGUUUGUUUAUCGUAUCUCUCUGUACAUACAAAACCAAGUAGUGAUGGGUACGGAGUGAAACGUGUGGGAACUAAUGUUUACUAUCGUCUCUUCUUUGCUUGCUUGUGCAUCUGUUAAUUUCUUCUCAACACAAAGAAAGAAAAAUGAGUCUCCAUAAUAUUAUUAUGUAAAAAUGACAAGAAUCUUUUCUGGACCAUCUCUGUAUUAUUUUACAUCUAUGUAUUAUGUGUUGUUGCUGAACGAGUAAGAAACGGUAGUAUAUUUGUCUUAA